UUCCGCUUCAAUUCUCGGAAAGUGACCUACCUUUUCGGAAGGCAUUUGGUUAGCUGCAUUUCACGACACGCAGAAUUUUCAGCUGCCAACGAUCAGAUAACGUUGAAAAGCAUGGAUGCACGCCUUAUUCCAAAGACGUCUGCGUGCCGAAGGAAGACUCCCUACGAUGUCGGAAAAAAGACAAGGAACUACGAAAUUCCGCGUCCUUGGGAAAAGCUUGAUGCAUAAGAAAAAAAUGAGGCGGGGUCCAAAGACUGUUUUUCGAAAGAUUAUAGCGAUAGCAAUCGGGAGUAUGCCAUGCCCAAGGCAGUCCGUUGUGAAGAGCUGGAAAGACACUGCACGUCGAAAUAUGACGUAGUUGAAUGUCAGUCGCCGAUUCCUCCGUCUGAAUCGCACAGUUGCGUGACCGCUCUAAAGAUACCGAGGGAUGUUGUUGAGCGAGACUGGCAGUGCAGAGAAUCAGAUGUAUAAGGCGGACAUGAGGAAAUGGAAUGGCCCGUGAACGAAGUACAGCAAAGCAUCAUCGCAGAUGAAUGUGAGGACGAGGCUAUAAAUACGGGAUUGGAAUUUGUACAAGAAUUUACAGAGGAAGUAAAGAGGAACGUAGAACCAAUCGAGGUUGCAAGGAAUCCAUUUUCUCAUCCGUGGGAGGAGGGCAACUUGGUUCUUGUUGUCAAUGGUGUAAAGUUACACCUUCACCGUUUUAUGUUAACUUUGAGUUCGCCAGUGUUUAACACCAUGCUUAAAUCUGAAUCCAAAGAAACUUCAAAUGCUGAGAUCACUCUACCUGGAAAGGACGCAGACGAUAUACUGAAUCUUCUCAAACAGUUAUACCCACAAGAAAGGGACGAAAUUACAAUGGAUAAUGUAGAACGCUUUCUCAAGCUUGCUGAAGAGUACCAAAUUAAGACAGUCCUUGACCUGUGUGCCACCUGUCUCAGAAAUGAGCCCAAAACGAAGGAUAAUGCCAUGAAGAUUCUGCUUCUUGUUCAGAAGUACAGGCUGAGCUAUGUGGGUGACGACUGCCGGAAUGUGCUGGCAAAACUGAGUCUACAGAGGCUGGAGAAGUAUAAAGAAUUCUCUGAUCUUAACGGCGAGAACCUUCGAGCUAUUCUUCUCCCAGGAAUGAGAAGAUUAGAGAAAACUGUCAAGGAACUUAGCCCCCAAGUGUCAGGAAUGGUGGCCUUUGCCAUGUGGUUAUCGAGCCAGGGAAGGAAAGACAUGAUGUGGUGUCCUGUUCACAUUCCGAAUGGAAAACCUCGUGUUAGCAUCAGAGAAUGCCUACAAACCUGCCCUGUUUGCGAAAAAGUGAUCGAAAGCCUAGCAUCGAAUACCAUCGAAAGACAGCACAGGGCUGGUAAGGGAUUGCUCAAGUCAAUCGCAAGUUCCUUUGAAUACGUCUACACCGACUUCAAGGACGAUCAUUUUGACAGUAAUUUCAACAGCGUUGUGAAAAACAUGUUUGAUUUAGUUGAUUAAAUUUUGUCUAUGAUGGCUCACAGAACAAGUAAACUUAAGGAGAUUUUAGAGAUCAAAGUCAUUAACUUGGGGUAAAUGUCAAAAGUAGAUUAAAAUUCGCCUACUAUUAGGUUGUAAGCGUAAUUAGAACACAUUCCGAUGGAGUGUCCGAAAACCAAGUUAUCAUGACAGGCGAUCAAAACAAAGACAAAUAUAACUGGGAACCAAUAAGAACAACUCUGAGUAGAGACAAGGAAAUUGACAAAGGCAAGGGGGAGGGGGGGGGGGCGCAAGCGAUCAUGUUUUUAUUGAUCUUUUUUUUUUCAUUUUACUGAGGGGAACUAGUUUUUCACACCAAUCACAUAGCAAGUAAAGCAAAACCAAAGCCAUUUUGACUACCUUCGACAUUGAAUUGAAAGUCACCCUUUAUCAAAACCAGAGAGAAUAAAAUUCCUCAUCCUCUCUUAAUUAAAUUGAACAGAUGGGUUCCACUGGUUUUAGCCAAAAUAAAUCAUAUCAGUGACUUCACGUGAGGGAUUCUGCACGUGUUCUGAACAAAUUUGUUUUGCUAGUUUACUUUGCAAUCGUUGAAUAGUAGAUCAAAGCAUUUAUCAUUGCGAAAUUAAAGUUAUCACCUUUGAAACAGGUAAGGUGAUUUGGAGGUUUCUACACGUAUUUCAUAUGCCACAUAGACGGUGUGUUGUCCACUCCAUUAGUAAUUAAUAGCUAAAACGAUUGAAUUGUGUUCUUGUAGUUAAAACAUGGAUAGUAAUAUACGGUUUUCUCGUUUAGCAGGUCUAAUGUUUCUUACUUGCAUUGAUCUUUCUGUUACUGACAUAGAAACGGAAAGGAAGCCCAAAAUGCAUACUACUUUAUGGUCAUCUAUAGAGUCAAAACUACUCUAAAGGCCACGUCUCUUACCUACACCGGCCGUUUCUACUCAAAAGACAACGGCGAGUUGUAUAUUGUAGUCACCGAUUAAAGAUCGGUAUGCUAUAGCGAAGUACGUAGUAGCUCGCACGGCUAGACGAUGUUCCUCGUAAACGUAGUUGUGUUCAAGAGGAAAUAGUUUGUCUGCUAUGCUAAAUACUUACACUAUUCAAAGUGAUUAACCUAUUUCUCCUUGAUCACCUUUCUGUAGAAAAUAUUUUUUAGUAUAAUACAUUAAUUUUUGGUUUCU